CUGAACUGCACAGUAUAUUGCUGAUUCACUAUAAAGAACUGGGCUAUACGUGUUAUUUCUUCGUUGAUAGAAAAAUACGUUUGUUUUGACUUCUUUUGCCGUUGGUGCCGGAGAUUCCGAACAUUUUAUCUAUGUUUUGUAUUUUACAACUUAUUAAAAGACGAUAAAGGUUCACAUCGCGAAUUCGGCCUGUUUCUCCAACACAAAAUAUCGCGUGGAUUCAGCGCACAUGUGCUAUGCUAUGAUACUUUUGUGUCCUUUUUGAAACUCGGCAAACAUAUGUCACUAUAAACUGUUAACUGUUCAAAAUUGCUCCUUUUGCGUCUCUGGGAAAAACUAACAGCAUAUAGAUACAGAAAACCAUACAGAGUCUCCUGCUUUUGAUUUUCUGUUCCACCAUCAGCCAUGUUGAUUAUUUUGGCCUUCAUCAUCCUCUUCCACAUCACCUCAGCAAUACUACUCUUCAUAGCAACCAUCAGAAAUGUAUGGUGGGUCUGGAAGGAUUACACCUUAGAUCUCUGGUAUCACUGCAACUCCACAGGCUGUUAUGAUAUACCAAACAGUGCAACCACUGAAGCAGCCUAUCUUCAGACUGUCCAGGCCACCCUGAUACUGGCCACUAUCUUGUGCUGUGUGGGUUUCUUUGUCUUCAUCCUUCAGCUCUUCCGUCUGAAGCAGGGCGAGAGAUUUGUCUUCACGGCCAUCAUCCAGCUCUUGUCUGCUUUCUGUGUGAUGACCGGUGCAUCCAUCUACACAGCAGAGCACUUAAACUUCAAAGAGAAGAGUUUUAAGAAUGGAGAAUACGGAUACUCCUUCGUCGUGGCCUGGGUUGCGUUCCCCAUGCUGCUGCUGAGCGGCUUGAUGUAUCUAGUGCUAAGAAAACGCAAAUAAAGCACAACACACCACCUCACUAGCUGCCACCAGCUUAGCCAAGAGACUUUAUUUGUAAUGAUACUUGUUUUUAUAUGUAGAUUAAAUACUUGCCAAAGUUAGAAUGAAGUAGAUGAUCUUAUAAUAUUAAUCACUGCAUACUGGAAACUUAAUUAGAUUUUAUUCAUAGUAUGUCACUCUUUUUUUUUUUUUUUUUUUUAAUCUUGAUGUGUAUAAUUUAGCUCUACCUGCCCAGUAAAAGAAGUGCUGUGAUUUAGAGAAAUAAAAUAUGGCGUGGAAAAAAGACGAGAGUGGGAGAUAUAAUAGGACAUAUUUAUAACGUGGAACCACUAUGGGCUCAACAUGUAUUCAUACACAAUGCAUGAUGUGAAAUUGACCUUAUAUGUAACACUUAGUGUGUAGUAAAUAACAUGCUAGUGUGAUGUUUCCUGGUCAUUAUUUGUGCCUGGGGAAAAAGUCAUUCAAAACUAAAUCUGAAUGAAAUAUUGUGCUGCCAGUUUGCUGAGCACUAUAUCAUACUUGAAGCUGAACAAAUUAUCAAUAUUAGUGGCACAAUGUGUUCUUGUGUAUAGUUUUUUUUUUUUUUUUUUUUUUUGUAAAAUAGUCUUUUAGUGUUAACUAAUUAUAUUGCAUGUUUUUGUAUUUGUUUGCAGCAUUUAAGUUGAAAUCACUAUUAACAAGUACAGAUUUGUAGUUCUUUUAGGCAUUCUGUUUGAUUAGGGCAGUGGUUCUCAAACCUGUCCUGGGGACCCCCAGCCACUGCACAUUUUGUAUGCCUCUCUCAUAGGCCACAUCCAUUUUAAGUCUUGCAGACUCUACUAAUGAGCUGUGUUAAAUGAGGGAGACAUACAAAAUAUGCUGUGGUUGGGGGUCCCCAGGACAGGUUUGAGAACAACUGGAUUAGGGCACGGGAUUUAUGUCAUAUUCAUGCAAAUAACCUUAAGAUGAUGGUGUUGGUGAAGCACACCAAUGGUUUUGGUUUUCCUUUCUUAUGUAAUCAUUUCGUUUUCAAAUCUGCUAUGGAAUAAGAAGCAAUUAGCUAAUAUUAUUUAGGCGAAAGUGAAGUUAAGCUGUAUUUAUUAAGACUAACUGCAUUGUUGCUGUUAAUAUUUUUUGUAAUGAAGUAUUAUAUCAACAGGCCUGAACAUGUUUGUUUAAUGCUUAAUUUUCAGAAGGUUUUAAUGAAUAUUAGUGAAGGCUUUUGUAAUUGGAAUGAAACCACAAUGGCAGCUUUGUUUUUAAAUGUCUGCUGAGUUGUUCAGGUCAGGUUUGUUUCUGGAGACUGAUCCCCACCAAGGGCUCAAUAUUGUUCUUUUUUUAAUCAAAUAAAUGUAUUUUACAUUAA